GAUCGCAAGCGCAGCUCUUCACGGUCAACAGUUGAGAAAUAACGACGACCGGGUGAGCAGGGAAACCACAAGGUUUCUACCGAAUUCAAUAAGGAUACCCGGUUAUUUCUGAUUUCAGACCGCGCCAGGAGGCUAUUCCAACAUGGUGGUGGUAACAGCAGGGACCGGGGGAGCCCACAAAGUGCUCCUGAUAUCCGGGAAGCAGACCGGCUCCUCUAGCGGCUCACAGACAGGCUUCAGCCGGCCCAUCUCUGUUGUUUUACCGUCAGCGGCUAGCCCGGCGUCGUCGGAUUCAGACUCCAACUCGUCUGCGGGGCCGCCGAUACGAAAAAGACAGAGGCUCACACAUUUGAGUCCGGAGGAGAAAGCACUUCGCAGGAAACUGAAGAACAGAGUUGCAGCUCAGACAGCCAGAGAUAGAAAAAAGGCCAAGAUGGGAGAGCUGGAACAGCAAGUCCUAGAGUUGGAGCUGGAGAAUCAGAAACUUCACAUUGAAAACAGGUUGCUUCGGGAAAAGACAAGUGGCCUACUGACAGAAAAUGAGGAACUGAGACAGAGACUUGGGUUGGACACCCUCGACUCAAAAGAGAAGGUUCAGGUUCUGUUGUCCACCGGGAACGACGCAGGUUUGGGGAUCGGGUCUUCUGAGCGCAGCACUCAGGCUACGUGUGCCUCCGCAGCAGGUGCAGGCCCAGCAGUUCCUAAAUCUGAAGACUUCUCAAUGGAUACAGAUAGUCCUGACACUACAGACAAUGAGUCUGAUUUGCUACUGGGCAUUCUGGACAUCCUUGACCCAGAGCUGUUCCUCAAGUCUUGUGAACAGGAGUGCCAGGAGCCGCAGGUGCUGUUGGUCGGAGGGGGGAACCCAGUACCUACCACCACACCUGCGACUCUGGGGACCCCAUCAGUUAAGCUGGAGGCCCUUAAUGAACUGAUCCACUUUGACCACAUCUACACCAAGCCCGUGGAGGAGGUGAGCGACGGGCAGUGCAACGACUCGGAGAGCGGCGCAGAGGAGAAGAUUGACGAGGCUUCCUUCCCCAUCGCCGAAGUGGUGGUCGAGGAGGAGACGGUUUGCAUCAAAGACGAACCGGAAGAAGUAGUCAUCCCCGACUGUAACGGUCACAGUCAGGUGGAUGACUUCCUCUCUGUAGACUCCUCCGCUGCCCUCAGCGGCCUGGAUAAGGAAGUCUGCCUGGCGGACACCUACAGUGACUCCGGAUACGAAGGGUCCCCCUCCCCUUUCAGUGACAUGUCCUCUCCCUUGUGCCCUGAGAGCUCUUGGGAAGACGUGUUCACAAAUGAACUCUUCCCCCAACUUAUCAGUGUCUGAAUCCAACCCUGUAGCCCAAGAAGUUAUAAUAUAUACAUGUAAGA